AAGUGGUCUGUUAGUCCGUGUACAGACAACAGCUGUUGAUAAUGUUCUAUAAUAACAUCACUUUAAUGGUGUAAUCUUCGACAGCAGCUGCUGUGUUCAGAAAUACAACAUGUGAAGCCUCAGCUUUACUGUGACACUCGGCCUCAGAUGUGUGUUUGUAUUGUGCAUUUAACUGUUGCUCAUAUGUGCGGUAAUGUACAGUACAAUUGAAAAAAAACAACAAUAACUAUGUCUUUGUUCAUAUCUCUAUGUAUAUGAACCUCUGUCAGUUCUGAAGUCUGUUAAUGUCCUCCCGCCACUCUAUUCGGACCAGCGCAAUUCGAAUUGAUUAAAUCGCCCUUGUUUAAUCCGCGGAUUUACAUCCAAAUCUAAACCCUGAGCGCUGCGGCGACCUGGCCUGCGCGCAUGUGCGGAGGGAUACAGCAUCCUGGGGAAGGAGAAGAAGGCUGAGCUGCGGCUCUACUUUCUGCCGGCAUCGCUGCGGCUCAGAGAGAGAAGAGGGGUUUUCGCUCUGCAUUAUUAAAAAAACUAACUAAUUUGAUAUUUAAAUGCCAGUUUUCUUUAUUUUUUUUUCCAUCUAAGCCUCAAGUCUAAGGUCCGCUGGAGUGUUCCUGUCACAGAACUGUACAACCCCUGACGCCGCCUUCAAAACUACACCUUUCUGCUUAGACCCAGUCUCAUCGAGAUUCAGUCUCUGAAGAAAAGCGAGUGAAAGCAACAAAAUGGGGUACGGACGGUCGGACAGCUAUCGCGUGGCCACCACGCAGGACAAGGAUGAGAAGGAGUCGCCCAAAAAAGGAAAGGGAGGCAAAGAUCUGGACGACCUGAAGAAGGAAGUUCCUAUAACUGAACACAAAAUGUCUGUGGAGGAGGUUUGUCGGAAAUACAACACUGACAUUGUUCAGGGUUUGACUAACGCCAAAGCAGCAGAAUACCUGGCCAGGGACGGCCUCAACGCCCUGACUCCUCCCCCCACCACCCCAGAGUGGGUGAAGUUCUGUCGCCAGCUGUUUGGUGGCUUUUCCAUUCUGCUGUGGAUCGGCGCCAUCCUCUGCUUUCUGGCCUACGCCAUCCAGGCCGCCACAGAGGACGAGCCUGCUGGAGACAACUUGUAUUUGGGUAUCGUGUUGUCGGCUGUCGUCAUCAUCACCGGCUGCUUCUCCUACUUCCAGGAAGCCAAGAGCUCUAAGAUCAUGGAGUCCUUCAAGAACAUGGUCCCUCAGCAAGCGUUAGUGAUCCGUGAGGGAGAGAAAAUGCAGAUCAAUGCUGAGCAGGUGGUGGGAGGAGACCUGGUGGAGGUGAAGGGAGGAGACAGAAUCCCCGCUGACCUCCGCAUCAUCUCCUCCCAUGGCUGCAAGGUGGACAACUCUUCUCUGACUGGUGAAUCAGAGCCACAGACCAGGUCACCUGACUGUACCCAUGACAACCCCCUGGAAACUCGCAACAUCGCCUUCUUCUCCACCAACUGUGUCGAGGGAACAGCUCGUGGUAUUGUGGUGUGUACUGGUGAUCGUACAGUGAUGGGCCGCAUCGCCACUCUGACCUCCGGCCUGGAGACGGGAAAAACCCCCAUCGCCAAGGAGAUCGAGCAUUUCAUCCACAUCAUCACAGGCGUGGCCGUCUUCCUGGGCGUGUCCUUCUUUGUCCUGUCCAUCGUCCUGGGCUACAGCUGGCUGGAGGCCGUCAUCUUCCUCAUUGGUAUCAUCGUGGCCAACGUACCUGAGGGGCUGCUGGCCACAGUCACUGUGUGUCUGACACUGACCGCUAAACGAAUGGCACGAAAGAACUGCCUGGUCAAGAACCUGGAGGCUGUGGAAACUCUGGGCUCCACCUCCACCAUCUGCUCCGACAAAACUGGCACCCUGACCCAGAACAGGAUGACCGUGGCCCACAUGUGGUUUGACAACCAGAUCCACGAGGCCGACACCACCGAGGACCAGUCUGGCUCAUCUUUUGACAAGAGCUCCACCACAUGGGUGUCUCUGGCUCGCAUCGCUUCUCUGUGCAACCGUGCCGUCUUCAAGGCCGGUCAGGAGGCUCUGCCUAUCCUGAAGCGUGAGGUGGCGGGCGACGCCUCGGAGUCCGCCCUGCUGAAGUGCAUCGAGCUGUCGUGUGGCCCUGUCAAGAUCAUGAGGGACAAGAACAAGAAGGUGGCUGAGAUCCCCUUCAACUCCACCAACAAGUACCAGCUCUCGAUUCAUGAGGCAGAGGAGGAAAGCAACACUUCUUACCUCCUGGUGAUGAAGGGAGCUCCAGAAAGAAUCCUGGACCGCUGCUCCACCAUCAUGAUGCAGGGCAAGGAGCAGCCAAUGGACGAUGAGAUGAAGGAGGCUUUCCAGAAUGCCUACUUAGAACUGGGAGGACUGGGAGAGAGGGUACUGGGUUUCUGCCACGUGUUCCUGCCUGAAGACAAAUACCCAAAAGGCUUUGCCUUUGACACCGACGACGUCAACUUCGAGACCGACAACCUCUGCUUUGUUGGCCUCAUGUCCAUGAUUGACCCUCCCCGUGCUGCUGUGCCUGACGCUGUGGGCAAAUGUCGCUCCGCUGGCAUCAAGGUCAUCAUGGUGACUGGUGACCAUCCAAUCACAGCCAAGGCCAUUGCUAAAGGUGUGGGCAUCAUCUCGGAAGGCAACGAGACGGUGGAGGACAUCGCUGCGCGCCUCAAUAUUCCCGUCAGUCAGGUCAACCCGAGGGACGCCAAGGCCUGCGUGAUCCACGGCACAGAUCUGAAAGACCUGUCUCAGGAUCAGAUGGAUGAUAUUUUGAAGAACCACACGGAGAUAGUCUUUGCCAGAACCUCGCCACAGCAGAAACUCAUCAUCGUGGAAGGCUGUCAGAGACAGGGCGCCAUCGUGGCCGUGACGGGUGAUGGAGUGAACGACUCGCCUGCACUGAAGAAGGCCGACAUCGGCGUUGCCAUGGGAAUCUCCGGCUCAGACGUGUCCAAACAAGCUGCAGACAUGAUCCUCCUGGACGACAACUUCGCCUCCAUUGUCACAGGAGUAGAAGAAGGCCGACUCAUCUUUGACAAUUUGAAAAAGUCCAUCGCCUACACACUGACCAGCAACAUCCCUGAGAUCACACCCUUCCUGUUCUUCAUCCUGGUCAACAUCCCUCUGCCUCUGGGCACCAUCACUAUCCUCUGCAUCGACCUGGGAACUGACAUGGUUCCGGCCAUCUCUCUGGCCUAUGAAGCAGCAGAGAGUGACAUCAUGAAGCGUCAGCCCAGGAACCCACUGAGGGACAAACUGGUCAACGAGCGACUCAUCAGCAUCGCAUACGGACAGAUUGGAAUGAUCCAGGCUCUGGGUGGUUUCUUUGCCUAUUUUGUCAUCAUGGCUGAAAAUGGUUUCCUGCCGUCGCAGCUCGUCGGUAUUCGACUGAACUGGGACGAUCGCUCCAACAAUGACCUGGAGGACAGUUAUGGACAGCAAUGGACCUACGAGCAGCGUAAGAUCGUGGAGUUCACCUGCCACACGGCCUUCUUUGUCAGCAUCGUGGUGGUGCAGUGGGCCGACGUCAUCAUCUGCAAAACCAGACGCAACUCUGUGUUUCAGCAGGGCAUGAAAAAUAAGAUUCUGAUCUUUGGCCUGUUUGAGGAAACGGCUCUGGCUGCCUUCCUGUCCUACUGCCCUGGGAUGGACGUGGCGCUGAGGAUGUACCCGCUCAAGCCAAGUUGGUGGUUCUGUGCGUUCCCGUACAGUUUCCUCAUCUUUGUUUACGAUGAGAUACGAAAACUCAUCCUACGUCGAAACCCUGGAGAUUCAGUUUUGUUUCAUCAUCAUCAGAUCUGGAGAGAAGAGAAAAACAUGAACAACUACAGUCAGUGUUUCAAUAAAUAUCAGCAGGUCGACGCUCAAACAGCAAGACUGGAAACACCACGUGAUUACCCAUAGUUCCACUGGGCCCUGGUCGUCUUCACGCAGAUACUGAAGGACAUUUUCUUCAAGUCUCCUCCGUCCAGACCCCGUGUUACUGAGGUCGGGACACGCCGGGCGGCGUUCUCCCGCCGCCACACGUCUCCCGUCUCCGCGGCCCGGCGGCAGUUCAUUAAACGUGUUGGACGAGGAGAGAGGAGACGCUUCUCACUUCCUCCUUCCUCUGCUGCGCCGCUGCCGCAGCUCUGACCGUGUCCUUCAUCCUCGUCACCAUCACCGAGAAAAAAAAGCACCGCAGCUGUGAGACACACGGACGAGAGGGGGAGACAGAGGGGGAGACAGAGGGGGAGACAGCCGUACUCACCACAGAGCUCCGCCACGAUGAUUCCUGUCGACACACGGUACAAGAAGAUGCUGUGGAGGACAGAAGAAGAAGAAGAAGAUGAUGAUGAAGGAGGAAGAGGAGGAGGAGGAGACCAGGUGAUGUCAGGUGAACAGCAGAAAAGUCAGUGACUUCACGGUGGUCCAGACCAGGGUGACCGUGAAGAAGGCCAGCAGGGAAUUAUCGAAGCCGGCGUCGGAGGACUUCGAAUUGAAAACGCUGCAGUUCGGACAUCUGUCCACGGGGCGUCGCUGUUGCCGCAGCCAUCUGAGCCAGGAGCUGCGUGAACAAGAGGAAUGUGACAAACGCGGAACCAGCAGUGGUCUGUCGUGGCUGCCCACGGACCAGAAGUCAUCAUUUCCUUAUUACACCUACGUUCCGUCCACGGGGCAAACAGGGAGCAAAGGUGGUGAGAGGGAGCGGUACAGUACGGUACAGGAGAAACUGGAGGAUUCUGGGAAGUCCUGAUGAAGUCCUGGUCCUCCCCCCGACCCCUGCUGACCUCUGACCCUCUUCUCCAGCCUCCUGUUGUUCAGAAGCUUCAGGAUCAGACCAUGUCCUCCAACACUUGACCUCCUCGUCAGAAGGAGCUCAACCCGCUGACCCCCCGUGACCGUCAACCUGCGGAAGUGAUGAUGUCACUUCAUCAAGAUGGUUCCAACAUUUUAGUUCCACCUCCACAGCACAGUCACGGUCAGUGAAGUGGCCCUAGUGGAGCACGUCCUCGUCCACGUCCUCGUCCAUGUCCACGUCCACGUCCUCGUCGUUUCUGUCCUCAGACGGAAACAAAUAUAGAAAUGAAAAUGAUUGUCUUACUCCUCCAGCCGUAGCUCUGGCUCCUGAGUGGGGUUCCCCCCCCCCCCCCCCUCUUAAGAGUCCGUCUAUAUCCCAGUUUUCGGUCAGGAUGACCUUUGACCUCACUUCCCCGUUAGCUGCUGCGGAGCGUCUUCUGUUGUGAAUUCAUGGAAGCACUUCUACAGAACAGCGUGUUCCUUGAGCUACCGUUGCCUUCCCAUCAGCCCCGGCUCACCUGCCGUUGCACUCUGACCUCUGGCUUCGUCCACGGAAUCUUUCUGGACCUCAGUCUGGAAAUCCAGGUCCACGAACCGUAGGAAUGGAAGGAACUCUCCAUGGUGCUGAAGUCUGAGGACGGACGUCAUCGUCAGAGGCUGAGGGAUCAGUGAGGAGCUGGAGUCAAUGCCAGCAGCCUUCAGCAGGGGGCGCUAACACCUGUGUGGAGACAAACAACCAUUCACACUGACAUUCACACCUGCAGUGUAGUGUGAACAACUCACCUGAUCCUGAAUCUGCAUGUGAAACCAGAAGACCAGCGCUAACAACAGGGAUUGAACCAGCGACCUUCAUACCGUAAGGCAAGAGCACUAACCGCCCCUGCACCGUGUGACCUCCUCUGUUCUUCACUACAGUCAAGAGUCACAGCCAAACGGAGGAGACCCGGGUUUUGGUCACAGCAGGAGGUUCACACACACACACACACACACACCUUAUCUGAACCAUUGAUUUCCACCUUAACACGCCGAUCAUAAUCCCGGAUUAACCAAUAGUCCGGGCAGUGAUCAGAGCCCAGACGGGAUUACGUCCCGAGUCAAUCCCUGAGAUUAAAUUAUAUUCUUAAACUCUCACCUGUUGUUUUAUAUUCGACAGUGAAAGGUCAACCAAACUCGUUUAAUUACGUCACACACCACGUCAUUAACCAGAAUUAUCUGCGGGCUUUUCGGUUCGUGACAUCAGUGUAAAAAUGUAAAAAUAUUUUUUAAUUACAGCAAAUAUUUGUGAAGUUGUGACGUAAAUGUUACAGAUAAAACCGAUAUAAUUUUCGUCAUUUAAUAGAAACGAGACUAAAAUGUUUAGUUUUUAAAAUAUUUUUUCUUCAUGUGUAAAAUUAGUCAUUUUUGAAUAAAUUGCCUUUUUUUCGUUUCGAUAUUUUAAAUAUUUCACAUAUGUAACAAAUUUGAAGCCGUUUUCAGCCGCGUUUUAGUCCAAAUGUUAGAAAUUCAAAUGGAUUUUAUUUGAUUAUAUGCAAAUCAACUAUAGUGGAGUAAAUGUGACGUAUUUAUUUACACACGAUUAAAGUCUGACGCCGUGGUUUAAAAUGUAUGAUAUUAUGAGUUUAUUAUUUUGGAUUUCCCGGAGAAGUUUCGGUUUUUGUUUUUAUUUUCAUUUAUGCGUGGAUGUAAAUGGGCCGCGGUUUGAGCCGCGGUGAACGAACCGUCGGGUGUUCGAUGAUCUGUGGGUCAGAACGGUUGGAAAUACAGAGAAAACUGUGUUUUAACGAAGAGACUAAAAUGGAGGAAAACGAAAUUGAAUUAAUGCGAACGAAUGAUCCAGAAAAACCAAAACCAAAACUCCUGAAACAGGUUUAAAACACACGGUGUUAUCUGCUGCGGCAGAAAAAUGUUGACAAAUGUAUUUUAGUCAGAAAUAAAUGACAUUUAAAUAAAGUUCCUCCAGAGUCGAGGACAUGGAAAAUAAAUCUCAGGAAUCUUCAUUUGGCAUCGAUCGAUUUUUCCGUCAGACCGUAAAAUCGCCACGGUUUGAUUUUCAUUAGAAUUGAUGAAUAAUAUUAACAACAAUAACGACGCGUUCACGUCCGCGGGCGAACAAUCAAUGACGUCACAGGGUGAGUUUAAGGAGUUUAACUUUAACAUUUUCAAACCUUCUGUUCAUAAAACGGACGACGUUUUAUAAACAUUUCAAACCUUUAUUUUUUUUUAAGUUUUCUUUAGUUUAUUUGUCUUUAAAUCCACCUUUUGUUGUUGUUCAUUUUGUGUUAUUUUAUUACAUUCUCUUAUUGCCUUUUUCAUCAUUUCUCCGAGCCUUCUGUCAGAGUCUGACCCCGCCUCCCCGAUGACCCGGGGGUCAAAGGUGAGCCGGCCAUUACUGCACUUCAUCAACAACAACACGAGGAGCAGCAGGAGGAGCGAAAUGAGGAGGAGGAGCAGCGGGGCUGGGUUUUUAAUUUCAGAGAACCACGGACGCUCCUGGUUCUCCUUCUGCCCCUGGUUCUCCUUCUGCCCCUGGUUCUCCUUC